AUGUUGUUCUUCGCUGACAGUAAAGAAGAGAGAGACGCCUGGAUAAAGGCCAUCAACUCCGCCAUAGAGAAGGCUAAGCACCCUAUUGUCAUUGACUCCGAGUACGAGGACGAUGGCACCCCAACCCGGCCACUAGAACACGUCACCAAAGAACGGCCAAAGCCCAGGGGACGGCGGCCUCCCACCAGACAAGCACUCAGGGAAGAAGCCAAAUUUGUGAAUUCGCCCAGUCAUGAUCCUCAAUUCCGCAUGCUGACUGUGGGCAUGAAGGGAUUCGAAAGAACAAGGAAGACGGAAAGCGAAGGAGAGUGCUCCGUGCUCUCCACAGAGUCGCCCCGCCCGUCUGAAAUUAAACGCCAGGUCCGCCAGCAGACCUCUCCGCUGGUAGACCACAGCUACACCAGUAAGACCAGCCGGUCAGCUUCCCCGGCCUCCUUACCUUCCACUCCUGCCUCGCCCGCUAGCACAAGGAGCGAGUCACAGACACCAGACGACAGCAAAUCUGAUAAAGGCGUCCAGACUACCCGUGAUAUUGGCGUCCAGACCAGAGAGACCAGAGUUCGUGAAGACUGUAGGAGCAGGAGCAGUGAUAGCGCCGCCGGGGACAGGGUAACCAACAACCACGUCUGUAACAGCACGGAGAGUGUGGACUCCUUGUCGGCAACAGGCACGGACUCGGACGGGGAUGUGGUGGUGGGGAGAAUACGUGAACCCAGGCGGGGAAGUCUCGGCUCAGGCCGCAUGAGGGAUGCUUCGCCGAGCAUCAGGAACGGUUCACCAGGCAGCAGCCCCACGAGGACUGUGUCCGAGAUUAGCAAAUCGAUGAGAGCAGCUAAAGAGUUGCUGCAGAACGCAGAAAAGGCAAACGAGGCUGCGGGACACGCGAUGAAAGAGGCGUCCAAGAUGAGGAGAGAGGUCCAGAUCUUUGCCGAGGAGACAAAAAAGGCCCGCGAGGAGUUUGAAAAGACGGCAGAAUCUGUUGAAGCCUCGAAAGACCCGCAAGGAUCUCCUCAGAAAUCGGUGGAUCCCACUGAGUUACAGAAGAAGAUGGAGGAGAAAUAUGACGAGCUUAGUAAAAUAACCGAGGAAGCAAAGACAAUGCGGGACAGGGCGAAGGACGCUCUAGUGGCGGCUGAACGCGCCAAGGAGACCCUGGAUAAUGCAGAAAAGGCUCGACAGGAGUACACAAAGCUCAGCGAGGAAUGCAAGGAACUGAUUGCAAAAAUGAAUAUUGCCGAGACAAAAAAAGUAGAAGACCCGAAAGAAAAAUCCCCCGAGAAGAAGAAAAAGUAGUAGAGCAACAGCAGUGUCCAUUCCAUUCGUUUUUUACAAAGUGAAACGAAGCUCAACGCUGCAUGUAGUCAGUUGGAUUUCUCAUACAUGUAAGUACACAAAUCAAGGAAGCUUCAAACUUAGUUUUAUCUCUUGUUGCAGAAAAAAAAACAUGACCACCCAUCCUUAUCAGCGGCAGGAUAGAUCUCUCUUUAAUAGCUGCGUUGUACAUCGGUUCCAAUGCACAGUGCGAUAUUAGUAAAAGCGUCCCUGUUUGAGCCACCAGGGCUUCACUAUACACCAUGUUCCUGUUUUGCUUUGUUGCUGCCUUGUAUCUUACAACAAACUGGAAAUUCAGAAAGAACUUAACGGCUGGGAACAUGCAUAGAAAUGCCUUGGUCGCUACGGUCACAGAGUCACAACCUGUGGUUCCCAAUGACAUCUCAGACGGUACAUAUAGUAAUGGGUAAAUUUGUUCAGGGUAGUGUCAGCUGAAUAAUUGCGCCACGUCCAUAUUUACACUGUAUCUAAGGAGAGUAUUUCUCUACAUGCGUAUCGGUCUGUGAACCAACUUUAGACUUGAGAAAUAAACCCGCACAAUACUUAUUUCUUUUGUAAACUCAUUUGGUAAACCCAGACCUUUCGAAGAGCAGCAAAGUCACUUUAUAUGUACAAGGAAACUAAGACAUUUUGAGCAAUUCUCCUUGCAUCCCUGUAGAUAGUUUGAUAUGGUAUUUACUAGAUGGUCCUUGCUUAAGCAAGUAUUAUCAACAAUGCCUCGUCUCAGGCAAGCGUAUUUCAUGGGUGCUUUAUAAAUUCGUACUUCAACGCUAAUAUAUGCAAAGUAAGCCACAAAAGACGUAAUUAUGUAUGUUAUUGGGUGGUAUGUCAGAAAGUUGUGUAAGAAUUGUUUAUGUUAAGUCAGAUUGAAGAUGAAACUAGUAGUGCUAUAACUGCUGUAUUGUGUGCAUUCUUGGUGUGUCCCUCUUUGUACUAAAGAAAAAUUAUACAGAAUAGAAUUACUUUCCUACCAUGUAAACCUACAAGCAUAAUUGUAGUAACAGUGCUGAACCCUGGGGAAAAACAACAGCAACUCAACAGGGACCAUCAAAACAAGGGUACAUCCACAAAUUGGACAGUGUCAGUAUUGCAUUCUCUGCCUUGAAACACAAUUAUAUGCAGAUAAUACAGUUGUGAUAUUUGCUUUGCUCUUUAAUUUUGUUGCAUUUUAAUGUCAAUUUAGGACAAUAGCAGUUGUUUAUUCAGAAAUAAGCAUUUAGGGUAUCUUGUAAUAUUCUACCAUUUCAACUUUCCUGUUUGGUGAUGCCUCUGGGCCAGAUGCGUUUCUUAUACAUGUAGUAUUACGAUCACUGACAAUUUUAAAACUUGCAACAAUGCAUUCCCUGGGGAAUUGAUAUUGUGGUAGCCUUUUUUUUAUCAUUCCUUUGAGGAGGGUAUGCAUAUGGAGCUUGAAAUGUAGAACUUUUGCUUACUGCUCUCCUGGCACUAUUGUAUCAUAUUUUUCUUCUCCAGGGAAGCCUUACAACUUGCACAGAAUAUGUUGUCACAUGAAAAUAAAGACAUCAGCUUGCAUGUUGUA